AUGUCAUCAAUACCGGUUCAAUUUCAGCUAGAUGACCAACAACCAGUUGAAUAUAAGUUAUCUCCAACAUGCACUUUGACUGAUUUUACACGAAUCAUCAAAAAUAUUUACAAAGAAAGGUAUUGGAUGUAUUCAUUUAUCUGUCAUGGAAAAAUGUUUGACUUGCAAAGUGAAGAAGAAUUUCAAGGAAUGAAACGAUUGAUCACACCAAAAACAACAUUAUUUGCAGUUGUGCGCACUAAAGGUGGUGGAUUCGGUUUCGGUGGAUCAAGAUUUGUUAAUGUUCAUAACAAUAAUCUUCUAAAAAGAUAUGAAUGGAGCGAUAAAGCGCCCGUCUGGAGAGUUGUACGACCCGGCCUCUGUCUCGAAGGCUAUUGUCAAAAUGUAAACUGUACAGCAUAUAAUCACCAGGUGAUUAUCAAUAUCGGACUCGUGAAAUUUGAUCUGAAUCUCCAAAAGGCAGCGUUAUCUAAAUGCCCUCAAUGUCAAAAGUAUGUCAAUCCAAUAACGUGUGCUUUUAAUCGAUGUCGGUGGAAGUACCAUGGACAGCUUGAAUUGAACAAAAAUGAAGUACCUUCUAGUGUGAAAACUAAUUGGAAAACAGCUGAUGAUGCUUACUAUCGUUUUGAUUCAGAUACGGAAGAGCCAGUGACUUGGCUGCAAUUGAUUUUUGAAGCACGGGCAAAAUGA